CUGAGCCCAGAGGAACAGUUGCUGGUCAAGUGUGCUGCAGUCAUCGGGCACGCCUUCCACGUAGAUCUGCUGCAGCACCUCCUGCCUGGCUGGGACAGAAACAAGCUGCUGCAGGUGCUGAGAGCUCUGGUGGAGGUACAGGUGUUCCACUGGAGCACCAAGAGCCAGGAGCUUCCUGCUGAGCCAAUUUUAGUGCCUUCCUCUAUUGAGACCAUUGAACAAACCAGAGAGAAGGAGAAAAAGUCAGAUUCUGGCUCAGCCUCACCUGGCAGACUACAUGAGGAAUCCCCCCCAUUGGAAACGGAGGUGCUAGAGUUCGGAGUGCCUCUCUUACAGGCAGCUGCUCGGGAGCUGUGGCCCAAGGAGCAGCAGAGAGCCCUGCACCUUGAGUGUGCCUGCUUCCUCCAAGAUCUGGCGUGCCGCUGUGGGAGCUGCCACAGGGGGGACUUUGUCCCCUGCCAUCGAUUUGCCAUCUGCUCUGCUAAGCGCUCCAGUGGGAUGUCCCGAUUCUGCAGCUACAAUGACACCGGCUCGGUGCUAACACGAGUCGUCACAGAGAGAUUGCAGCGGCCUUCUCCUCAAGAUAAUUUUCAGUCCCAGACAAAACCACUGCAGAGCCAGGAGUCCUUCUCCAGUGGCCACUGCAGAACAGAGAAAGAUUUUCUGGAUGGAGUGAAGAGGCUGCUGGCCCAGCCCGGCCCUGAGAAAGGCGUGCUGGCCGCCAAGCCCUGUCACUGUGCGGAGAUUCUGAAGCUAGUCCUCUCCCCGCUCACACUGCACUGCUUGGUCAUCGGAGAAAACACGUGCGCCUUUUACUACCUCCUGGAGGCUGCUGCAGCCUCCUUGGACCUUGCCGAUAAUUACCUGGCCUUCUUUUACUUGAGGAAGGCGAGCAGUCUCCUGGGACAGCCCUCGGCCUUCUCCUUCUUCAGAAGGCGGAAGGUGCAGAUCGAUCGGUUUGAGGAGGCCACGUUCUGCAGGCUGCGAUCUGAGGUCUGUUUCAACAUGGGACAGAUCACCUUGGCCAAAAAACUGGCGAGGCAGGCCCUUCGGUUGCUGAAAAGGAAUUUCCCUUGGACCUGGCUUGGUGUCCUUUUCCAAACAUUCCUGGAACAAUACUGGCCUUCCUGUUUCCUGAGCCGACCUGCAAACAACCCGAGUGCAAAUAAGAAGAGGUUGGCGGUCCUCCAGCAGCAGGUGCAUUGCCUCUCGCUGCUCUGGCAACUCUACAACCUGGACGCCACAGCCAGCAAUCGCCGAUUUGCCUGCCUGGCCACACUCAUGCAGAAGAAUUUAGCUGAGGAGUUUGGAGACGAAGCCCAGGUCAUCUCUACCUACGUGGACCUCUCCCAGUACUCUCAAAGUGUAGGCGACAGGGAGACGUGGCUGCGCUCUGAGAAGAUGGCCAUUCAGAAAAGCAGCGCAUGCUGGCUCUCCAGAGUAGAUUUGAUGGCCACGGCCCAGCUCAUGCAGGCCUUGGCCUACACCAAACUCUGCCUCGGCCAUCUGGACUUCGCCAUCAGCCUCGGGUUUCAAGCCUACGAGAUAUGCAGACACUUCAAGAUACCCGCUCUGGAGAAGCUGGUGUUGUUAAUUCUCUUCAGAUCUGCGUUUCUGAAGAAGAAAUUUGAUCUGUGUGUCCGGGUUCUGGAGAGCCAGUGGGUGCUCAUUUCCCAGGGGCAUGAUGUCCUUGGCCUGGCCUGCUUCUACUCUGCUUGCUUGGAUCUGCUCCUCUAUGGGAAAGGAUUGCUGUGCCGACCCUUCCGAGAAUGUCUGCGUUUCGUCCAGCGCCAUGAGCACAGCUGUGUCCUAGCCUCUCAGAGCAACAUCAUGCUGGGGGUCCACUCCUCCCUGGCUAUGUGGUUCGCCCAGGACUCCCAGUGGGAGCUGUUUGAGCACCACCUCUCCAAGGCUCGCCAGCUGGUGGAAAGAACCAAUGCCUCGCUGUUUGGUUCACAUGGCUUUGUUCGCUUCCUGGAGUGCCAGGCGCUAAUGGUACACCGAAUGCCGGAGGGUGUCUUCGUGAACAUCCCCCCAGAGCCGCAGGGCCAGAUGCUCCAGUACUUCAAGGGGUUCUUCUCUCGGUGUGCCACCUGCCCUGUCUAUCACCAGUGGGUCACUGAGCUUCAAGCAUCAGUAAUGAGAGGAGGAAAGAGAGAAUCCAUGCUGCUGACUGACACCUGCUUGACCGAGAUUUGGAUCGAGGAAGAAUUCCUCAAAGAGAACCACUCUUCAGAAGAACACUUAGGAAUGGAAGGGCUUGACAGAGUGGCUGGUGUCAAGGGGAAUAAGGAAGAAGAAAUUCGAGAAAGUGCAUGUUAAAACACCACCAGGAUAGGUCUCUGUUGCAUAUGACACAAUGGAAUGCCCAGGCUCUCCACUUUAAGAUGCCAUAUAUGUACAUACAUUAAAUAUACUAAACAUUUACAGCCUGUCUAUAUUUUUGUCAAAAUAAAAGCUAUGUUUCUGAGA